GGUUGGUAUGUAUCCUCAAAACACCUCAGUUGUUAACUUACAAUUUCAUGGCUAUAUAAACACUGCUACUCAAAGCCCCUGCUCUCCAAACCAAACACUUCACUGAAAUUGAAUUUCCCUGCUCUCAUACAAUGGCAACCACUCAAACACUCUUCACAUUCUUUGUUGCCGCGGCCGUCGUCGCCUUUGCCGCGCCGACCUCCGGGCAGCUCACCCUCGACCACUACGAUCACGUCUGUCCGCAGGCGCUGCCCACGAUCAAACUGCUUGUCGAUGCGGCUGUCGGGAUUGAACCGAGGAUAGGCGCGUCGUUGGUCCGGUUGCACUUCCACGAUUGUUUCGUCAAUGGUUGCGAUGCGUCGGUUUUACUGGAUGACACUCCGACGAUGAAGGGAGAGAAAAUGGCUAAGCCGAAUAACAACUCGCUGAGAGGGUUCGACAUGAUCGAUCAGAUUAAGACCGCAGUUAACAUCGUGUGCUUCGGAAAUGUGGUCUCUUGUGCCGACAUCUUGGCGGUCGCCGCCAGGGAUUCGAUCGUCGCGCUCGGUGGGAUGCCGUACGACGUGCUGCUGGGCCGCCAGGACGCGAUGACGGCGAGCGUGGAUGCGGCGAACGCUGCGAUCCCUAACCCCCUCCUCGACCUCCCGGCCCUCAUCUCCAAAUUCCAGUCCAACAACCUCACCCUCCAGGACCUUGUGGUCCUCUCGGGCGCCCACACCCUCGGGGUCGCCCGCUGCACCACCUUCCGCGACCGAAUCUACAACGAAACAUCCACCAUCGACCCCGACUUCGCCGCCGCCCUCCAGGCCCAGUGCCCGCGCACGGGCGACGACGACGUCCCCCACUCGCUCGACGAAACGCCCGCGAAAGUCGACACCGAGUAUUUUACCGGACUUACGCAAAGAAAAGGGCUGCUGCACACGGAUCAGCAGCUGUUUCAAGGGGACGGGAGUGAUGCGGAUAGCUUGGUGAAGCUCUACAGCGAGAAUUCGGACAAGUUCUGGGCGGAUUUCGGCGCGGCGAUGGUGAAGAUGGGGAAUCUGAGCCCGUUGACGGGGACCGACGGAGAAGUUCGCGAGAAUUGCCGGGUGGUGAACGGAGAUUAGAUGGAUAAAAUUAGUCAGGUGGUUGGUUGAUUACUUGGUCGAUAGGUUUUAAGGAAGUAUUAAUUACAUGUAGCUAAUAAAUGUUGUUUGUUGAGUAAGAGAAAUGUGGGUGGUGCAAGCAGUGUUAUUGAAGAUUUGUGAAGAUGUUUUGGAUGGUGAAAGAGUGAUUACAGAGUGUUAAAGUAUUUCUGGUA